UGCCUGGACAGAUACAAAAAGACAGAGAGCUGUGAUAUAUGCAUAUUUACUGUCUGGAACUACUAUUGACUGAUUCUUCUUGCUAGAACUCCUCUCUUGACUUGUGCUGGGAUUUAUUGAGAAACUUUGAUUGCAGGAGUUGAGGAGAUAAACUUUGUUUUGAUAACAGGCUGCAGUUGUCACAUCUUGUCAGGAUGAGGUCCCUGGCCCUCUACCUUUUCUGCCUGUUGUGCUGUAAUGCAGUUCGACUGGACAGACGGCGUCUCAGACCCAUUGCAGCCAGAGGUCGAGUAGAGUCUAAUGUCCAAACCAAACCAGUGGGGAUCCCUUGCAAAGCAGUCCCGCUGGAUUUCGUCUUUGUCAUCGACAGCUCCCGAAGCAUCCGCCCCAAUGACUAUGAGAAGGUCAAGACCUUCAUCAUCAACCUGCUUCAGUUCCUUGAGAUUGGCUCUGAUGCCACUCGGGUUGGUCUGCUACAGUACGGCAGCGUGGUCCAGCCUGAGUUCUCCCUCAACACCUACACCACCAAGGCUGAGGUGGAGCAGGCAGUGAAAAACAUGGAGCACCUUGCCACAGGAACAAUGACCGGUCUGGCCAUUCAGUAUACCAUGGAGACAGCUUUCACUGAGGAAGAGGGAGCACGACCAGCUAACCUGCACAUCCCACGAAUCGCCAUGGUUGUGACUGAUGGGCGACCUCAGGACACAGUGGAGGAGAUCGCGGCGCAGGCAAGGCAGGCUGGCAUCCAGAUCUUUGCUAUCGGAGUGGGCAGGGUGGAUAUGAACACUCUGAAGGCCAUAGGGAGUGAGCCACAUUCUGAGCAUGUGCACCUAGUGGCCAACUUCAGCCAGAUAGAAACUCUCAUCUCUGUGUUCCAGUCCAAACUGUGUGGAGGUUCAGAGAUGUGUGAGGUGGUGGACCAUCAGUGCCAGCACAUCUGUGUGAGCAGCCCUGCCUCAUACAGGUGCAAGUGCAGGAAGGGCUUCACUCUCAACCCCGAUGGCAAGACAUGUAAAGAGAUCGAUCACUGUGCUGAUGGCACCCAUGGGUGUGAGCAGGAGUUUAUGAGCACAAAAGACUCCUGUGUGUGUAAAUGCAGAGAGGGCUACAAACUCAAGCCUGAUGGGAAAACAUGCAAGAAGAUUGAUCACUGUGCUGAUGGCAGCCACGGGUGUGAACAGGUGUUUAUGAAUACAGAAGAUUCAUGUGUGUGUAAGUGCAGGAAAGGCUACACACUCAGACCUGAUGGGAAAACGUGCAAAAAGAUUGAUCACUGUGCUGAUGGGAAACACGGCUGUGAACAGGAGUUUAUAAAUACAGAAGAUUCAUGUGUGUGUAAAUGCAGGAAAGGCUACACACUUAGACCUGAUGGGAAAACGUGCAAAAAGAUUGAUCACUGUGCUGAUGGGAAACACGGCUGUGAACAGGAGUUUAUGAAUACACAAGAUUCAUGUGUGUGUAAGUGCCGGAAAGGCUACACACUCAGACCUGAUGGGAAAACAUGCAAAAAGAUAGACUAUUGUGCUGAUGGGAAACACGGCUGUGAACAGGAAUUUAUGAAUACAGAAGAUUCAUGUGUGUGUAAGUGCAGAAAUGGAUUCACACUCCGCCCAGAUGGAAACACAUGUCAAAGUCUGGAUCUGUGUCAGACAGUGGACCAUGGCUGUGAACACCAGUGUGUUAAUACCAACGACUCCUACAUUUGCAGAUGUUUUCAAGGGUUCAUGUUAGCUCAAGAUGGGAAGCGCUGCAAAAAGCCAGACUGUGCCGAUGGAGUUAUGGAUCUGGUUUUCAUAAUUGAUGGCUCUAAGAGUCUGGGCCCUGCCAACUUUGAACUGGUCAAGCAGUUUGUAAACAGCAUUGUGGACUCCCUGGACAUUUCUAGGACAGGCACACAUGUCGGCCUUCUUCAGUACUCCACCAAGGUGCGCCCAGAGUUCACCCUGGGCCAGUACACCACAGCAAGGAGCAUCAAACAGGCUGUGUCCCGGAUACAGUACAUGGGGAGAGGCUCCUUGACUGGCUCAGCCUUACGACACAUGUUUGAGUCCAGCUUUUCAGCUAAAGAAGGAGCCAGGCCGAACAUCCCACGCGUCAGCAUCGUGUUUACUGAUGGAAGAUCACAGGAUGAUGUGUCUGAAUGGGCUAAUAAAGCAAAGAACUCUGGAAUCACAAUAUAUGCCUUGGGUGUUGGCAAAGCCAUUGAGCAGGAGCUGAGAGAAAUAGCGUCAGAGCCUGAUGAGAAACACCUUUAUUACGCUGAAGAUUUUGAGAAAAUGGGAGAAAUUACAAAGAAGCUCAAGUCCAGGAUAUGUACAGACAAACCAUCUGAUGAAAACAUGUGCCAGUGUGAGAACGUGAUGAUGUUUCAAAACCAGGUCACCGAGAAGCUGAAGAAGCUGACACAAAACAUUGAAGCUAUGUCAAAGAAGCUGGAGACACUCGAGAAUCAACUGGUGCACAAAUGAAAGGCUGAGAUAUGUUACACCUCCGUGUGGCAUGCACAGGAUCCCUUUCAUCCUGCUCUACAAGCUACACUGAUACAUAUGCUAACACAAUGCUUUCUACUGAAGAUAUUUAUACACUUUUUGUAUACAACACAAUGUAUUUUUUGUCUGUAAUAUUCUUUGUUAUGUUUUGCCACAUCAAAUGAAUAACUGUACAGAAAACUGACAA